CAAGUAACAACACAUGAUUUUGCUCAUGGGAAAAGGUAACUACAGUACAGCACAACACAACACAGCAUGCUAAUACUCCAAAAAGUAAAAGGUGGGUCAUGAGUUGAGGUGAAUUUCACAGCAAAGAAAGAAAGAAAGGAAAAAAAAAAACUCAUUCACUCACUCUCCCACCACAGUCAUAGAUCUCUAUUCUCUGCAAAAGUAAAAAGCUUUGCAAGCAACAAAACCACCCCAACACCUAAAUCCAGAAAAAGGCCAUUUCUUUACAUCUUACAUGACCUGGGUGAGGUUUGUCUCUGAGGGAACCAGACAAACCUUUCCUCACUCUAAACACUCGCAAAACUACCCCAUUACUCUCUCUCUUUGUUACAUCUCUUUCUGCCAGCUCUUUGUACCAACAUGUCAUUGCAAGUUAAAUUUUUUUGCUGGUCCCAGAGUAAAAUCUGUGGUUUUUCAUCCCUUCCUUUGAAAAGAGUUUGAGGGAAAAUGGUGAAUAACAGUCCUCUAUAGUACCCUUUCCGGGUGCUGCUGUCUACAUUUGUGUGGCUUUUUUUUUUUUUGGGUACUUUUGUGUACUUAUCCUUCAGAUUUUGGGUUGGCAUUCAUACUGAAAGAUGAGGAAGAAUGGGUGGCAGCUACCUUACCAUCCUCUCCAGGUGGUGGCCAUUGCUGUGUUUUUGGCUCUGGGGUUUGCCUUCUACGUGUUCUUUGCUCCAUUUGUUGGGAAGAAGAUGUAUCAAUAUGUUGUUAUGGGCCUCUACACACCCCUGAUUACUUGUGUCUUUGGACUGUACAUUUGGUGUGCAGCAUCUGAUCCUGCAGAUCCUGGGGUUUUCAAGUCCAAAAAAUAUCUUAAAAUUCCAGAUGGCAAAAAGCUUGAUGGACUUAAGGAUUCUAAACUAGGAGGGGAAUCAACUUCAUCAAUGCAUGAUGGGAAUGUUUCAACUGUUGGCCCAAAAUCGGUCGAUAAGGAAGAUUUGGGGACUGAAGCUAGUUUUAAAGAUGCUGCUAUAUCUACAGAGAAGAAAAGUGAAUCAUCACCUUCUUCGUCCUGUCUCCAAUUGGUUUGCUCUCCUUGUGCUUAUAUCUGUGGCUGCUCAAGUUCAAGUAAGGAGUCUUUUGAUGAACAAGCAAGUGAAGAUGGCAUGUUCUAUUGCAGUUUGUGUGAAGUUGAGGUCUUCAAGUAUAGCAAGCACUGUAGAGUUUGUGACAAGUGUGUUGAUCGCUUUGAUCAUCAUUGCAGAUGGCUCAACAAUUGUAUUGGGAAAAGGAACUACAGGAAAUUUUUCACCCUUAUGGUUGCUGCUCUCAUCUUGCUUAUUCUUCAGUGGGUGACUGGGAUACUUGUGCUUAUCUGCUGUUUCAUUGAGAAGAAGAAAUUUUCCGCAGAUAUUGCCUCCCAGUUAGGGAGCAGCUUCUCUCUUGUUCCCUUUGUUAUUGUAGUGGCAGUCUGCACCAUUUUGGCUAUGAUGGCUACCUUACCCCUUGCUCAGCUGUUCUUCUUUCAUAUUCUUCUCAUUAAAAAGGGAAUCAGCACAUAUGAUUACAUCAUAGCUUUGAGGGAGCAGGAGCAGGAGCAGCAAGGUAUAGGAGGUCAGCAGAGUCCUCAAAUGUCACCUGUUAGCUCACUUACUGGGAUGAGCAGUGCAAGCUCCUUUACUACUUUCCAUCGUGGCGCGUGGUGCACACCCCCACGUUUAUUCCUUGAAGAUCAGUUUGAUGUAGUGCCCCCAGAAACUGCUUCUGUAAGCUCAUCGCUGGGAAGGAAGACAAUGAAAGACGAGCCAGUUAAGAAAAAGAAUCCCGGAGCAGUGAAAAUUAGUCCAUGGACGCUUGCACGGUUGAAUGCAGAAGAGGUUUCUAAGGCGGCCGCAGAAGCAAGAAAAAAGUCAAAGAUUCUUCAGCCAGUGACAAGGCAUAACAACGAGCCUUUCAGGCUGGAGCCAGACCGCAACUCUGGCAGCAGCAGCCGGCGAAUGAGCCCCAGGAUUGAGAACAACAGAAGACGGGCAGGCAAGCGCAUUCGCCUACCUGCCGACUUGCCUAUGGAAGCCAUACCAAAAUUUUCUGCCAGCAGCACUGACAAAGGCUUCAGUGGACCGUCUAGUUUGGUGCCUCUCCAGCUCAAAGCACGCAGCGCGUUUCAAACAAGUCAAGCAGUGUCAAGCUCAGCUGGGAUUGUUGCUUCCUCUCCUGAGAGCAGUAUAGACUCGCCUGACAUCCACCCAUUUCAUGUGUCUACGACAGAAGCCGAAGAAGCAAGGAGGCUAGCCGGUAUUUCGGCGGUCAGUGCAGCGAGCCUGAAGGGAAUCCCUCUGUCAAGGUCAACAAGUGAUGGGUAUGAGGCCUCUGGUGGGGAGGAUAGUGACAGGGUUCCCACAAGGAUUGUUCAGAGAUCAACAAAUUGGACUAAUCUGCUCUUCAGUGCUGAUCAGGAAGAGAGAGCCUUUGAGCCAAAAUCAUCAUCCAGCAUGGUUCAUAUUGGGAAGUUGUGACCAAUUUGGGUGUUAAUUAGACAACUAUAUUUGAGAUUAUAUUGAUGGGAAUUGUUCAUUCUUUGAUUUGUGAGGCUAAAGGUACUUAAACAUCCCUUAACCCUCACCUUCUUGAGGUUGAGUUGAAGCCCCUCAAAGUUUUGGAGGUAGGCUAAGUGGAAAGUGAGAACCCAUGUACAAAGUUUUAGGUCACAUUAACUGAUGAGCCUGAACUUCUCAAUAUGUUGUUUUGUGCUCCCUUAUUUUCUAUUCAUAAAAUUUUAACAAAGUCCUUGUGGAUGA